ACUCACGCUGCCGCAUGCACCUUUUUACUUCACUCUCUUCUUCUCCCUAUAUAAACACCACCAACCCCUACAACAACACUCCCUCAUUUCUCCCAUGGAGGCUAUCAACAGAACCUCCUCCACCGCUUCUUCUUCCUCCGACUCUUCCUCUUCCGACUCCAACCCCCACAGAAUCAAAGGUCCCUGGAGCGCCGAGGAGGAUCGGAUCCUCACCAGCCUCGUCGACCGCUACGGACCCCGCAACUGGUCCCUCAUCAGCCGCUACAUUAAAGGCAGGUCUGGCAAGUCCUGCCGCCUACGGUGGUGCAACCAGCUCAGCCCCACCGUCCAGCACCGGCCCUUCUCUCCCCAAGAGGACGAGACCAUCAUCGCCGCCCACGCCCAGUACGGAAACAGGUGGGCCACCAUUGCCCGUUUGCUGCCGGGUCGAACCGAUAACGCCGUUAAGAACCACUGGAACUCCACGCUCAAGCGCAGAGCCAAGGCUUUUCUUGACAUCAAUGUCAACAACGCCAACAACGAAGCUGCCACUUCUUCUGCUCCUUCUCGUUCCUUCGAGGACGACCCGUUGACCGCGUUGACUCUCGCUCCCCCCGGUCUCUCUGGCGCCGCCGUGGCCGAGGACACCGUACUGGAUCACCGGGUCUCUCCCGAGAGUGCGCCGGCGGGGUUUUGGGAUAUGAUGAGAGAUGUGAUCGCGAGGGAAGUGAAGGAAUAUGUGUCUUCCAAUUUUUCUGAUAACUCGAACUUUCAUUAAAUGAAUCAUAAUUGUUUUUGUCUCUUUCUCUUUGGAAUAUAUUAUUGAGAGCUGUUUGAUUU